AUGCGAAGUAUAAUGGCAUUUAAUGAAAUUGUUCAUGAAACUCCGAAUACCUACAAUUAUACUCUUCAGCCUGGUUUGUAUUUAAUCGAAAUUCAAGGUGCUACUGGUGGACUUGGAUGUGAUAAUGGAGAACCUAAAAAUCCUGGUGGAAAUGGAGCCAAUAUCAAAGCAAAAGUUAUUAUAAGAGGUGGAACUGAAGUUUAUUUUAAAGUUGGAGAAAAGCCUAGUACCAAUUCUUCAUGUGAAAGUAGAAACCCUGGAGGUUGGCCAGGUGGGGGAUUUGGUGGCGAUGAAUCAAACACAGAUUAUGAAAUUUGGGAAGAAUGGGCAGGUGGUGGCGGAGGCUAUACAGAGAUGUUGAUUAAUAGAGAUACAAUAAUGCUAGCAGGAGGUGGUGCUGGCGGAUGCAGGCCAGCCAGCCAACAUGGAAGUGGCUUUGGUGGGGGAUUACACACAUUUGGUGGGUUUAACAAUGAAGAUGAACCCGUUUUAAUUGAUGAAUCUGAAAGACACGCAGAAACACGAGUAGGUGAUAAAGGGAAAGACCAGGGAGCUUGUUGUUAUCCAGGAGGUGGGGGUGGUGGGGGCUGGCGUGGUGGAUUUGGAGGCUGGAAUUAUAUUAAUAGUGAAUCGCAUUGUGCUGGUUGGGGAGGUUCAUCCUAUAUUAAUACUAUAGAUGAUAAUUAUUGGUUUUCAGAAACACCAAUCGUCUUAGAUGGAUCCAAAAUUAAUCAUGAUGGCCAUGGAUAUUUGAAAAUUACUAUUCUUUAUGAAUGCUCAAAAGAUUGUUAUCAUUGUACUGGUAAAAAUACUUGUGUGAAAUGUGUUGAAGGAUCGAAAUUAUAUCAAAGCAAAUGUUAUUCAUCAUGUGAAGAAACAAGUGAAAAGACAUUUGACAACGGGAAUGAUCAAUGUGAACUCUGUAGUUCAGACUGUGGCACAUGUAGUGGAUCAUCGACACGCUGCACAUCAUGCAAAGACGGAUAUGUUUUGAACGAAAACAAUCAAUGUAUAUUACAUGUUCCAGAAGAAGAAAAUAAUGAUGAUAAUGAUAACAAUCCAUCAUCUAGUUCCACAUCAUCCUCCUCAACAGAAACAGAAUCCUCUUCCAGUUCUAGUUCUAGUUCAAGUUCAGAAUCUUCAUCAGAUUCUAGUUCAUCAUCGAGUGAAUCUGAGACAUCAUCACUCUCAACUGAAUCUAGUUCUUCAUCUGAUUCUAGUGAAACUAGCUCGAAGUCGAUUGAAACUCCAUCAUCAAUCCUCAAUUUAGGAGAUAGUAAUUCAUCCACGGAAUCUAAAGGUAAAGAGAAAAAUGACACAAUACCAAUCAUUGUACCAAAUUCAGAAUUAGCCAAUGAAGCCGAACAGAAAAAGAAAAUGCAAAUAAUAUCAAUUGCAUCAGGUGUUGUAGGAGGUCUCAUAUUGAUCCUUAUUGUUGCUGUUAUAGUGAUUUAUAUUCUUACGCGUAAGGGAAAAGAUGAAGAUUCAGUAUCAGAAGAAAUGGUUGAGGAAACUGUUAUUUUUUCAUCUGAUAUGCAGCCACAUGUUACCAUUGACAAUCCAUUAUGGACAACAAGUGUUUUGGGUCAGAGUGAUGACAUUUUCAAAGGCGAUUUUAGCGAUUCAGAAGUAGCUGUUGGUUAUAUUGUCCAUCACGAAUAA